AUGGCAUCUGCCUCGCGGCCCAGCACCACUGUGCUACAUCACCUACAAGAGUUGCGCGCCGCGGCUGAUGGGCCAUUAUCGGCGCUGCGGAGGAUCAAGAAUGACCUGACCGGGCAUUCAUCACGGAAAGCAGAAUACAUCCGAAAUGGAUUGGUCCCCGCGCUGGCAGAAGUUAUGCUUCCCAGGCUCCCGUCGAGCGAGGCGGCUUCUUCCAAGCUGGAGGCGGACGAGGAAUUGAUCUUUGCGCAGAUUUCCCAAAUCUUGUGUGUGAUCGCUCAUGAUGGGCCUUCUUUUGUCCAGCCGUUGCUGGACACAGAUAUGCUACGGGCCCUGGUCUCCUGUCUCCUCCUGCCUUUAUCCUCCAGGACAUCCCUUGCACUAUUACGAUGCCUCAACGCAGUGGCAGAAAAUCUCCCUUCCAUGGACCCUGGACAAUGGUUGCCUCACCGCGAAUUGGCCGACUUGCUCUAUUCCAAAAGAUACAUCUCAUGUUUUGUCAAUAUUGUUGGCCGAGCUGGCGACUCGAUGCCUUCACAGCAGGCCUGUGAUGCAAUCCUGUCUCUGCUCUGCAAAACUGUCUCGCUCGAAUGGCAGAAACGUGCGCUCGUCGACAGUGGGCUUCUCUCGCAGCUUGUGGCCCGCCUGGCGUCUUUCGUGGUUGCGGAAGGCCUCGUUCCCCCUGGAGUAGCACUCCCCAGCGGCGACAAUGGCGCAUGUGGCACCCUGCCUGCCUCUGCGCCAUCCAUUGCUCACUUGUCACCGGUCCUGGAAUCGCUAUCAGUUCUAGUCGAACGUUCGAGACACCGGGCGACUCUGUUUCUCUCCGAUCCGAUGAUUCAGUCUGUACUGCCAAACAUGAAGGAUGAUUUCUCUCCCUCCGAUAUUCGACGUGCACCAUGGGGAGCAAGUUACUUUUCAGGGGCGGCUGUCCCGCGCAGCUCUCCCCAUGGUCCGUUCGAUUUCCUUCUCCCUUCCAUACCCGUCCCUGAAAUUGCGAAAUCGGCCAUCCAGUCCGAAUUUCCUCCGCUGGGCAUAGUUGCAGGCUUGCCGAAAAGGCGAGCAUCGCUAAUACCAUCCACCACUGAGCCUCCGCAGAUGGCACCGAACCACCUUUCGGUUGAUGAGAUGGAAGAAAGCUCCGUUAUACCCUGGCUCCUCUACUUGGUUCGUGCGUCAAGAGGCAAGCGCCGCCUCCUUGCCGCCCGGCUGCUGGUCGACUUGUAUUCUUUGGACCUAGUCAACAAACGUCGGCGUGCUAAGUUUCCUGCAUUAUUGGUGCCCCUUCUUACCUCGAUGUUGGACUCUGACACUGCACAGGCAGAAUUCGGACCGCAGGUUGGGCCCGCGCAUCUGUGCAGCGGUAUCCACUACACAAGAGCCGUCCCUAUUGUCCUGGCCUCUCUUGUCAUGGAUGAUCCUGACAUGCAGCGGGUUGCAGUGGAUGGGAAUGCCAUAACUGCUCUUUCGAAUGGGCUAAAAAUGACGUUUGAUUUCACUGCGGGCCAGAAGCCCUCACCCUGGCAGCCAUACAAGACCUCGGAGAUCGUGACCGAACAAUCCCUGCACGGAAUGCGCCUAGGUCCAGGUGGGCCAAGCUGGAGGACGAGGCGAGACAUGGACUACCGAGAGGGUUGUUUGCGGGCAUUGGCAGCAAUUGCACCGUUCGAAGAUGACUACCGCAAGGAGAUUUGCGACCAAGGCGUGCUUAACUACGUGAUGCUAGCGCUUGAGCCUUGCCACAUCCAGCACAAUCCUGGUCAACAAGUCGAAGUCAGCGGAAAUCCUGUUAACGUUGUGCUCGCUGCUUGCGGCGUGGUGAGGGUGCUGACACGCUCAGUCAAGGCGCUGAGGACGAAGCUGGUGGAGGCUGAAGUUGCAAAACCUAUCAUAAAACUCAUGAGUUCGGCGCAUCCGGAAGUGAGGAUCGCGGCCACUAAAGUGCUCGCGAAUCUGGCAAUCGACUUCAGUCCCGUGAAAGAGAGCGUGGGAGACACAGCCGUCGUCAAGAAAUUGUGCGAACAGGCCCACUCGGCAAACGCGAGGCUACGGUUGGAGUCCAUAUGGGCGCUCAAGCAACUCGUUCUAAACGCCAGCCAAAAGUUGAAACAGGACGUCGUGGACGAGCUGGGCCCAAGCUGGAUAAAACUGUUGAUCAAGACCGAUCCCAACGACAUACCAGAGGGUGAAGUCAUUGGGCUUGUGGAAAGGGAAUAUCCUCCGCUGCCAAGGGGUCGUCGACCGUCGGGGGGCGUCAGUGCUUCCAAUGACGUGAUCAUGAGCGACGAUUCGGACAACGAAGGCGGCAUCACCCACCAUCUGGGCCAUGCUAUCGUGGGCGCCGACAACAACGAUGGCCUUGACACCAAGCACACGCCCGAAGAUGACACGGAAAUCCAGGCGCAGCUGCUGGACCUUCUCCGCAACUUGUUUUGUGGGGACAAUGCUUCCGAUAUGGUGCAGUAUAUCUUCGACGAAAUGGGCCAGGACGACUUUCUCAGGAUCAUGCUUGACCGGCUGAGACCACGCACCAUGGCGGGUCCAACACGCAAGGAGAACUACAGCACAGCUGCACCGAGCACAAUUGUCAGCAAAGUCCUUUACAUUCUCGUACACAUUGGAGCAUGCGAUGCAAGAUGGCGGAAUGCGAUCGCCUCGCACCAUGCAUUGAUGAAACAGGUGUUGACAUUCUGCAGCCACUCGGACAGAGAGAUUCGGGCGCAGUGCUGCUGGAUCGCCAUCAAUCUGACCUACGAAGACGAUGCCGCGGAUCGGUUGGCGUGUAGACAACGGGCAAUUGAACUGCAGAAAGUCGGCUUCCUUGGGCAGCUUCGGAAGUUGGAAGCGGACCCGGAUCUGAACGUUCGAGAGAGAGCAAAGUCAGCCAUGCAUCUGAUGUCUAAGCUGAUGGCGACGUGA